GUUCCGGGAGCCUCCUCCUUUCUCUUUCCUGAUCUUAGUAAACUCUCUAUUGUUACCCUGGAGUGGGCUGAAGUCACUCAACGUUUCAUGUGAAUACCCAUUAUUAUCAUUACCACGUCAUUAUCAUGUCUUCGUCUAUUGCGAUUCCCACCAGGCAGGCGAAACAGCAGUUGGGAAGUGGUAGCGGUGGUGGAUCCGUGGACUCGGCGAGUAGCUGUUCGAAUUCAAGGUCCAGGACAGAAGAGGGGUUUGCGUAUGGCAGCUUUGAAAGCAAUGCUCAGGCUGAGACUUCGCCGUCGAGUAGUCUGAGCACCGAGGGCAAGAUGAGGAGGCAGUCGCUCAUGUCUGCGACAUUCUCCAAAGCCGAACACACAGUUAUCAAUGUGGGAGAUUCGGAGAGUCCGCGAUUAAUAACAUGCGUCAAGGCGUCGCAAGGCUUUGAUUGGAAUCAAGAAAUCUUCCUCCCCAGCUACGCUGAUUACCACUUCGACGACCUCGAGCGUCGACAAGAUCCCGUACAAGAUAUCAUCCUCUCGGAAGAGGAGAUCAAGAACGCACUCCCUUCAUAAACCGAUCACAUCAUAUGUAUAUUGGAGCAUUGGGUGGGAAUGGGGAGAGGUUACCUACAGGAGCAUGAUAGGAUUUGAUUUUGGUGGGAUAUUAGAACAUGUUUGGAAUGGCGCUUGGAUACUGUCUAUGGAGAGUUAUGCAUUGAAAUGUACAAUAUGGGUUAUGACUUGGGCGUCGGAGGCACUUUCGCUAAACUAGCCGAUCGGCGUAUAUGAGAUUAUUUGUUUGAACAACUAGAUGCAUGUC